UGAAACCCGGUGAGUUUAUUUACUGCAAGGUCGAAUGGCGAAGUCCUCCAUGAGUAAACGAAAAAGGGAAGUGAAUUAUGCCUCAUCCUGAAUUCGAGGAAGACUACAUCAGCUGGAACAUGGUAUGGAGUAUAUAACCACCCGAAAUUAUGAAAAUGAUUUUAGUCAAAGUAUCUACACGGACAAGUGCUUUCGUGUGGUGAAAAAUCGAAGCAUUAUUAUUGGCGAUACUGUGUGUGUGGUGUACGAAACACAGCCGUGACUGCAUUGAGGGUUUGUAUGUGUGUGGACCGAUCCCGUCAACCGCAAGCUCAUUAUCUGAUAGGAAUUCUUAGACCUUCAAUUCCGGGAAAUCUCAGCCUGCGGUCUCGUUGCUAGUAAUAGGUUUUCUGCACACGGGCUCUGGAACAGGGGAAUGAGCUAAGGUCGCUACGAAGGCAGACUCACUGUUACUGACAAAGCAGACGGACGUUUUGCGAAGAGCAGCUGAUGCCGAAUAAGUAAUUGUUGCCGUCUAUUCUUUGUUUUUUUUUGUAACCGUCGUACUGGGGUUGAAUGUGUGUGGAGUUGCUGACAGCACCGGGGAUCGUAGGAAAGGACGUGCCGUGUACCGACCGUGAGUCCGCCGUGUGGGCCCCGAUGCCGCCUGGCUGCAAGAUGACCCACUAUGGAGCUCUGGUGUCGGACGAGACGACCAGAAAACAAAGGACCACUGACGACGACUUUGAGCGUCUUACCUGCGCCCUGGAAAUGUUAAACAUAUCGGGGUGGUACCACGGAGCGAUGACGUUCACCGAGGCAAAGCGGAAACUCCGUAGUUCGGACAUCGGAACAUUCCUGGUGCGAGAUUCCUCGGACCCAAACUACCUCUUCACACUGAGUGUGAAAACUCCUAAAGGAACGACCAGUGUGCGGAUUGAAUACGAGUUUGGGAAAUUUACACUGGACUCGGAGGAGGCGCUACGACGACUCGCGCCCAAAUUCGACUGCGUGGUCAAACUCUUGUACUAUUACAUCCAAAUGUCGCGGCUCGAUGACAGCGAAAAUGACGACAAGAACAAGAGAGACAAAUCAAAGAGGAUUGAGAAUGGCCGGACUACUACUAGUAAAAACCCCGGACAGUUAGUGUGGCUGGAGCCGUCCGGACGCAGAGAACUCAUGGUGAAAAUUAUCAAACCACUCCGGUCGGAACCCCCGAGUUUACAGCAUCUAUGUAGGGUCGCCUUGAACAGUUCCGUGGAAACGAGGCAGCAGACGGAAUUCCUGCCCGGUAAACUCAAGUCAUAUUUAAGACAGUACCCGUUCGACCAAUGAUACAAAGACAUCGACACUGUAUUAUACGAUUUUGUGAUAUUUAUUGAUACCGCAAGGAGAGAAAAACAAGCAGAACAGUUCCCUUCAGUGGCAGACCUGAUGGGGGUGACUAGACGGCCGCUUUAACUUGCAGUACACAACCCCGUUCCCUUCAGCGGCAGACCUGUUUGUGGUGUGACCGGACUGCCACUUUAAUUUGCAGUAUACAACCCCCAUGGUGGUGGCCGGUGGUCAGCAAGCAACAUGGAUUCCGAUACCCACUUCAAGAGGACCGUCGCCUGACCCUAAAUAGAGACCACCACCUUCCUGACCCUGAUGUAACCCCGUCAAACCAUGGAGGUAGCCCUCCAUGGUUAAACCCUCUUUCGUGACAAGUGUUGCCGCCCUGGACACCCGCGGUAUAUUAUUUCUGGAUCGUGUACUCACGGGUCACCUUUUCUUGUGUUAUUAUUAAUGCCAAAGUUAACCGCAUCCUGUUUGCUAUACGGGUUUGUGUCCACUGUUCACCAACCACAUGAUUUAACAAAGGGGUUUAAAAUAGCCAAGUGCCUUAUAGUUAUAUUUUAUUUAAAAAAAAAAAAUUGUUAAAAACUUAUUGUAAUAGACAAAGAUUGUGGCCGCCAGACUGUUCCCUUUUUCCCGGAAUGUUAAGUGGAAAAUUUUACCAGCUUUGGUUGCAAUCUUUGUCUAAACCACAGUUUAACCCCCAAAAUGUAUUUAUGGAACCACAUUUGAGGAAAUGACUUAAAUAUCAGUCAUCAAUGCAGUGGACACUAUUGGUAAUUACUCAAGAUAAUUAUUAGCAUAAAACCUCACUUGGUAACAAGUAAGGCUAUU